AGUGAGAAGGUUGGAGGAGCUGAAGGAACCAAGCUGGACGAUGACUUCAAAGAGAUGGAGCGGAAAGUGGAUGUCACCAGCAGGGCUGUGAUGGAAAUAAUGACUAAAACAAUUGAAUACCUUCAACCCAAUCCAGCUUCCAGAGCUAAACUCAGCAUGAUCAACACCAUGUCAAAAAUCCGUGGCCAGGAGAAAGGGCCAGGCUAUCCCCAGGCAGAAGCCCUGCUGGCAGAGGCCAUGCUCAAGUUUGGAAGAGAGCUUGGAGAUGAUUGCAACUUUGGCCCAGCCCUUGGUGAAGUGGGGGAGGCCAUGCGGGAGCUUUCGGAGGUGAAAGACUCAUUGGACAUGGAAGUGAAGCAAAACUUCAUUGACCCCCUUCAGAACCUUCAUGACAAAGAUCUGAGAGAAAUUCAGCAUCAUCUAAAGAAGUUGGAAGGUCGACGCCUGGACUUUGAUUAUAAGAAAAAACGACAAGGCAAGAUUCCAGAUGAAGAGCUCCGUCAGGCUCUGGAGAAAUUUGAUGAAUCUAAAGAAAUUGCUGAGUCAAGCAUGUUUAAUCUCUUAGAGAUGGAUAUCGAACAGGUGAGCCAGCUGUCUGCGCUCGUCCAAGCCCAGCUGGAAUACCACAAGCAGGCGGUCCAGAUCCUGCAGCAAGUCACUGUCAGACUGGAAGAAAGAAUAAGGCAAGCGUCAUCUCAGCCUAGAAGGGAAUAUCAGCCUAAACCACGAAUGAGCCUGGAGUUUCCGACUGGAGACAGUACUCAGCCCAACGGGGGCCUCUCGCACACCAGUACACCCAAACCUGCAGGUAAGGAGCUGAGACCUGCAGACCCCAUUAUAAGAGCCUUGGGCACCUCCCUUCCAGGUGCCCCAAUGGAUCAGCCCUGCUGCCGAGCUCUGUACGACUUUGAACCUGAAAAUGAAGGGGAGUUGGGUUUUAAAGAGGGUGAUAUCAUCACACUCACUAACCAAAUUGAUGAGAACUGGUAUGAGGGGAUGCUUCAUGGCCAGUCAGGCUUCUUCCCCAUCAACUAUGUGGAGAUUCUGGUUGCCCUGCCUCAUUAG